AUGAGUGACGCAAUCUCUGCGACGGGUCGACGUUUGAGCCAGAUCCGAGACUCUGUGCUCGGCAAAACAGCGACGACCAUCCCUUUUGAUCCAGACAGCACAUCGUUCCCUACGCGUCACAAUUUACCUGCAAUCCCUGGUGCCCCGGAGCAGGCUGCCUGGGUCUGGGGCAAAGAUGACUAUAUCGGUCGAAUUAAUCUAUUGACCCCUACUCGCGUCAAGGCAGCCUCUGCUGAGAUCCGCACUGGCGAAAUGGCUCGUCUGGACCUGCCAACCAACGUGCCAGAACAGCCAGCUUUUGGUAGGCAGAAGUUUGAGAUGAAGAUCCUCGAUCUACACGGAGGUAUUUCAUACGACGAUGUCUAUCACAUGAACACCCAAAGUGGAACCCAAUGGGAUGGCUUCCGACAUUUUGCUCACAUCCCAUCCAAGACCUUCUACAACAACACUCAUCCCGCUGACGUGAUUGGCCCUGAUGCCAAUCUCAAGUGCAGCAUCCACCACUGGUCAGAACAUGGAUUCUCAGGCCGAGCGGUACUCCUGGAUUACCGGUCAUGGGCCGACGCCCAAGGCAUCAAAUACGACACCGCCACCUCACAUGCCAUCAGCUACGAAGAUCUCGUCAAGGUCGGCAAAUGGCAGAAUGGGCUAGACAUCCGACCUGCUAGUCAAGGUGGUGAUAUCAAGAUUGGUGACAUCCUCUUGAUUCGUUCGGGGUGGGUGGAAGAUUACUACCGUCGCACCCCCGAAGAGCGGGCAAGACUUGCCCUGCGUGGACACGGCGAUAGUCAUGGCGAAACUGCCUGCUGGGCGGGAAUUAAGCAGGAGGAACCCAUCAAGGACUGGCUGCAUGACUCUUAUUUCUCCGCGGUGGGAGGAGAUGCUCCGUCUUUUGAGAGGUGGCCUCCACCGGACAACUAUUACUUGCACGAGUACAUUCUCGCUUUGUGGGGAAUGCCUUUGGGUGAGAUGCUGGAUUUGGAAAAAGUCUCCCAGUUGGCCAAAAAGCACAAUCGUUGGACCUUUUUCUUCACGAGUAGUCCGGCCAAUUGUCCAGGUGGUGUCAGCAGCCAUGUCAAUGGAACAGCCAUUUUCUAA